CUCUUUCUUGCACACCUCGACGAGCUCUUUCUACCUCGCUUGGCACGAGCUGUGUUUUCUGCAGAUUUUUGUGCCCUCAGAACCAGCGCCUUGUCGCGCUCUUGCUUUACACGGGCACUGGCUCAAAAUGGCGCCAUCUCUGCAUUUCCUGCGUCCGUAUGCCUUCCAGCCACUGGCGCCAGGGCCGUCGCCUUCCGGCUCUGCGUAUCUACGAUUCUACGAGCUGGCAAGGCGCAACUCCCGGGCUGUAUGCCAGAGGUAUAGCUCCAACGCACCGCCCAAGACGAUCAGCACCAUCAGGUCGAACUCUCCUCGGGUGAAGCGCGAUGUAGAAACGUACAACCCCGAGGACCGCGGUGCCCUCACGGCGGCACGGGUCAAGCAGCUCCAAAAGGCGCACGCCCUGUUGUAUCCGCGGUUGAAACGCUAUGCGAAACCUCUUACGAUAUCCAACUUUAGAAAGCAAUAUGAGGAUCAGAUGAUAGGCCCAUCGCAAGUUCUUGGUGACAUCGUGACGGUUGGCGGUCGCGUGACCUCGAUCAAUCAGCUCGGUAACAAGCUGGCCUUUGUCAGGCUCAUCGAGGAUGGCAAGAUGGUUCAGGGUGUCUUGAACAUCAACAAGCUAGUAGACGGCACGGAAAUGAGGCAGUUCGCCGAACAGGUCCGCCUCAUCAAAAGAGGCGACCAUGUCUCAAUAACCGGACAGCCCACGCGCACGCAGGCAGGGGAGCUUUCCAUUGAAGCUAUACACCUUCCACAGAUCGUCUCGCCUGGCUUAGCACCGCUCCCGUACAAUCUUCCUGAGGAAGCCAGGAUGAACCAACGGCAUCUUGACCUCCUUGUCAACAAGAAAGCUGCAGACACUCUGCGCCUGAGAUCGUGUGUGAUCAGAGAGCUGCGAAAAUGGCUCGAGACCAAGCUGGAGUGCUCCGAGGUCUCAACCCCUAUCUUGGCUGCUAAUGCCGGUGGGGCCGUGGCCCGGCCAUUUACGACCAACGCCACUGAAUUUCCAGAGAAGCAGCUGGCGCUGCGCAUAGCACCCGAGCUUUGGCUCAAGCGGCUGGUUGUUGCCGGCUUUGACAGGAUAUACGAGAUCGGCCCGGCGUUCAGGAAUGAAGGCCUCGACCUGACUCACAACCCGGAGUUCACCAUGUGCGAGUUCUAUGUCUCAAACAUCAACCUCGAGCAGAUUAUGCAAGAAACCAGGGACAUGUUCUUUGAUCUUGCCAACGCUGUUGCCAAGUUCAAGGACGAGCACGACCUCUCGACUCUGAGGCCCCUCGAUCCGAAAUUGUUCUCCAGGGAAUGGCUGGUGAUCGAUUUCAUCCCCGCCAUCAACAUGGCACUUGGGAGCCCACUUCCCAAGUUGGACGAUAACCCAAAUGCCGUUCAGGAGAUCAUCAAGCUUCUCGAAGAUAAGGGCAAAGACUGGCACAAGUCUCUGCCCCCAAACCCAUCCCUUCCGAAACUCCUCGACCGCAUUGCAGGUGCAGUCCUCGAGCCGCAGUCCAAGGGCAGGCCAAUCUUCAUUACAAAACACCCAGCCUGCAUGUCGCCACUGGCUAAAACCUUCACCGACCCCUUCACAAAGCAAUUCGUCUCCGCCCGAGCCGAAGUCUUCUUCGACGGUAACGAACUGGCCAACAUGUACGAGGAGGAGAACAGCCCCUACGUGCAGAGGCUCAAAUUCGUCGACCAGGCCAAGGCGAAGCUGGCCCAGCAGCAGAACGCAGCGCCGGGCGAACAGCCGCUCGGCGACGAGGACGACGAGCCAGCGCACUUCAUCGACGAGCAGUACAUCUCGGUGUUGGAGUCUGGCCUGCCGCCCACGGCCGGCUGGGGGUGUGGCGUGGACCGGCUGGUGAUGAUGUUCACGGGCGCGGGCAGGAUCAGCGAGGUGUUGCCCUUCGGGAACCUGAGGAACGUCGUCGGGCUCGCGUCGACUGGCCCGCAGAACCAAGAGCGCAAGAAGGGAGAGGAGAGCGUCGCGGACCUUGCUCACCCUGACGAUGCGGCUGCGACGACCGAACACCCAGCAGGCGCCAAACGUGAGAAGCGUGCCGCGGACGAGGCGUUGAGUUAUAUCAUGGGUGACAGCCCGUAAGGCCGGUUCUGGCACCUGAGCAAUUUUGAGGUGUGGGCUCAACAGUAAGGGCGAACCCGCGGCUGAUACUGCUCUGCGGAAUGAGCAUGCUGGGGGGACCUCUUCCCUGAUCAUCGUUGACUCAUGAAGAUAUGCGACUGCGGCGAAUUGACUGGAUGCGAAGCAUAUAGUUAGAUAUAUACCCCCGCUCAACUGUAAUGUUUAGAUUAAGACAUAGAUUCGGUUCCUCGAGCACGCAAGUGGCACGCACGCAUUUUGUCGGAUAUCCCUAAAACCUCGGCAAGGAAUCCUUUCUUGUCACUUCCAAGUCAGGUCAGGUGGAAUGGAAGAUCGUCUCCCGUCCCUUCUAUCGCCACGAUGAACCUCCACGACCCCUUGACCACACCUCGGGCUCGCGCUAUAUAAUUCGGGACAAGCAUCAGCCUGCGCCUUGUUCCUGCCCGCCCGCGACGUCCAAGUCGUCUUCGGCAUCGGCGUCUAUGGCCACGCACGCGCCAGCCACUAUUGCCAUCACGAAGAUACACACCAUCGACAGCACAUACACGGCGUGGACGCCCAACGGGAGCCCGAGGAGCAGCAGAGUCGAAGCCAGGCACCCGAAAGCCGCAUCCGCAGGGUACAGGAUGAGCGACAGGAAAAGGCCAGAGCCGUCGGAGAUGGCUUUGGAGACGUAGGCGGCCGCGCGCAGACAUUCCAGUAUGACAGGGGCCAGUACCGCGCCGGCGGCGCCGGCCCCGCCGCCGUACGCCCGGGGCUCCCCGCGGAGGGUGAAGCGGGUGAGGUCGAUGUGCCGGCCCCCGGGGAGGACCUGCUCCUCGGCCGCCUCGGCCGCGAACGCUGCGGCCAUGACUGCCAACAUCGACCAGAUCGCAACCGCACAGACGGCUGCGAGGCGCGCCGGCACGUGGCUGUCGCCCUUGCGGUCCGCCUUGGCCUGUAGCGACUUGACUGCGUCCGUCGUCUCUCGGACGAGCGCGGCGGCGGCGGCAUUGAGCUCCGCGUCGGUCCUCCGGGCGACGACGCCGCCGCGGAGACCGCCCUCUGGCCCUGACCCGGCCCUGUUCAGCUUCAGGAGGUCCUCCGCGGCAGAGAGGUAGGCGCAUAUGACGUGGGAGAUCUCGGGCGUCGUGUCCCCGCACCGCAGGUCGCGGGCCUGAGCGAUCAGGGCGUCCUUCCUGUCGUGGAGGGGCCGCCUUGUGCCCUGGUUGUCGGGCCCUUUCUCCGCCGCCGGUUCUGGUGGUGGUAGCGGCGGUCGUGGCUGGCCGUCUGGGGUGGUAUCUGGGUCCCUGCGUGGUUUGUGCGGCUCAUCGCCGGAUGUCACUCCUGACAAUGCCACGGGCCCCUCGGCUCUGGCUUGCCUCUUUCUCUUUCGCAGCUUGUAGAUCGCGUCUAGUGCUUGGGCGCAGAGUACGAGGAAGCCGGUGAAGGCGACGGCGGUGGAGGCUUGGAGUAGCCUGUCUACCAUGAAUUGGCAAGGCAUUUUGGACGGUUUGGGAUUGUUUUGAAAGAUCUGGUAUUGUCAAACCAUGUUUACCUUGUCGCAAGGGUGGCCGGGAGCAUAUUUAUGACUGGCGAGGCUGCCAAGGGACGGAAUGCAGUCUGUUUGGCUGCCCUCACAUUCGGCCUUACCUAGGGAGAGGAAGUAAAAUGUCUCAAGCGAUCUAGGAGGACUGCAAGGCAGCCUGCCACCAGAAAAAGGCCAUAAUCUCAUGCGAAGUCACCUGGGAAGGAUUCCUUCAUGACCUAAACUGGGGACCAUGUUGUGGCUUGUAGCAAGUAUGAAAUAUAGCAAUUCUUAUGCCCGCGAGCUCCCGAUAAUUGAUCAAGACGGAUCAUCAGCCCGAACCGUGACAGCCCUCGACUACCCUCUAGCAUACCCCCAGCUGAGAUCAUCAAGUUCAUACAAUUAUCUCUCCUCAUCUGAACCCUGUUCAUCAACGACUUCCCACCGGCUCGCGAUCUCAUCAUAAGCCGAGGAACCGAUCGAGGACACGGCCGCCAUGCAGGUUGUGGCAAUCAAACCCACAGUUGCCAUCAAGCCCGCAGCCAGUGCACCCCGGUGGACCCCGAGGGCCAACAGCGGCACCGCCAUGCUGAUCGCAACGCCGGCGGGAUACGCAAAGGACAGCCUGACCUCCUCGUCGUCGGUGAAGCGGCGCACGAGGGCGGGCACGGCGAGGUUCACGACCCCCGACGCGACAAGGGCCACCACGAUCAGGCGGGGCGGCAUGGUCCCCGCGUCGGAUUCCGGGCUUGCACAGGCGGCGAUAAAGGUGACGGCGGCGGUGUCGUCCCCGCGGACGACCGGCGGGUAGGCCAGCGGGCACCUCUCGGCGCUGUACGCCGCGACCGCGGUCCAGGCCGCGGCCAGCGACAGGCUCCCCGUCAGGAAGACCGCGGCGAGCCCCGGGCGCCUGGUCACGUCCCCGAGCGCCCCGAGCGAGGCGGUCUCGGCCGCGGCGUGCUGGACGAUCCUCCCGGCGGCGAGGUUGAGCCCUUGGUCGGUCAUCCUGACGUUGGUGGUGGUGCUCCCACUGCCGCGCGGCCCGCGGUGCAGCAUCAGGAGGUUCCCUGCGGCGGAUAGGUAGGCGCACACGGCGCUGGUGAUCUCCGGUGUUGUGUCCAGCGGCCUCGCCGCCUGGAACUCAGAGUUCAGGAAGUCCAUCAAGUCGUCGAGGAGCCUCGUGGGCGCUUCCCUGCAAUCUGCUCCGGGGGGCUCCGGGCCUGGCUCUGCGUCCACGCGUCCGGACGGCUGGCUGGUCGGAUGUGUAGGCUCCUGGGCCUCGUCGUCGGUGGUCACUUCUGAUAGCUUGACGAGUCUGUCGACAGUGCCAUCGGGCUUUCCACGGAGCCGGAAAAUGGUUUGUGCAACGAGUGAGAGGAAGCCUACGCACGCGAUGGUGCAGCUGGCCCAGAAAACUGUCGAGAGCCCCUCCGGCGACGGCAUUUUGAAUUGUGUGGGAUCAUCAGAAAGAGUCUCUACCGCUAUUCUUGGCCAGAGGGGUGGUGGUAUAUUUAUGACCGAUGAGGCUGUCUAGGGACGGAAUGCAGUCAGCCAAAUGCCAGUUCAAAUCAGCCUCGUCCAGGGAGGAGCUCCUUGUCUCAAAGCCAUUUGGGCGCAGCCGCAAGGCAACCUCUCAUUAAGGAGAGACAUGACAAAAAUCCCCAAAGCAGGGAGUCAUGGUGCGGCUCGGAGCAAGGCCGCCACCAACACGGCCUAUGCCUGCAAGCUACACUCGUGCGUGUGACUUUGCUCGCUUGUAGGUGAUGAGAAAGCGUCCAUCAAGCAGAAGCAUCGACGAGGCCCGGCGGAACGUCUGUCCCAGCCCUUCUCGCCUCGACCCACUGCCCCAGCUCCCUCCAGAUCCUCUCCUUCUCAGCCGGCCCCAGCGUCGCCGCAAGCCCGCUCGUAGAGCUCGACACAAACACCCUUGCACCCCUCCAGCAGUCCCGGUACUCGACCCCGUCGAUCUUCUCAGCCUCAUCCACCUCCCCGACGCCCAUAUUCUCCCCUUCAUCCUGCCACCCAUACCGGAACUCAUGCUUCGCAACAGCCCGCCCGUGGCGUACCCGCCACACAGACUCCCAGAUGCUCUUGCCCACCACGACAACAACCUCGGGCCUCCACCGGCGCACCUUGUCCUCCAGGGCGCCCACGCCGUCGUCCAUCUCGGCCUUGCUCAGCUCGGCGCCGUUGCGGCUCGGGCGGGACACGAUGUUAGUGAGGCCCAGGCUGAACCGCUCGGGCAAGGAGCGGUCCUCCUCGGCGGUGCAGCGCACGGGGAGGACGCCGGACGAGUACAUCAGCUUCCAGAACAGGUUGCUGGGGUGGUUGUAGGCGUGGCCGGUCUGGGCGGUGCGCACGCCCGGGUUCAGGCCGCAGAAGAGGGCGAGGAGGUUGGGCGCCAGGGCGUCGGGGAGGGGUGGGAGGUGGGCGUAGACGCUGGGGGGCUGGUAUCCUGAUUUUGGCCUCUUCCUCUUCUUGGGCCUGGUGGUUUUGGUGUUGCCGGGCGUGGGUGUUGAUGAGGGCGAUGAGGAGUCGGCUGCGGCUGCCUCUGCUGCCUCCGCCUCGGUUGAGCCAUCUGGGAGGGUUGGGACGAGGGUGGCAUUGCCUGAUAGGGCGGCAGCCUUGCGCUUCCUGGUUCCGCUCUCUGAUUUCACAGGAGUGGAUGAGAGACGGGUACUUCGACGGGGUGGUGUUUGUGCUGCCAAUGGCGACUGUGGCGACUGCGGCUCUGCCUUGAACCUGAAGUUGUCCAUAUUGAGUCUGCCGCUGAAUGAUGACUGAGGGGGCGGGACCGAGAUAUUGGCCGUCUCAUGGACGUGAGAUGCCAUGCUGCCUGACUUGGUGUGAGUCGGUCCCGGCUAUUUACUGGCCGUUCUCAAGUUGGGUUGAGUAUUGUGAGCGAUGCUCUGUGGACCAUGCGUGCACCAUGUGAAGUCGAGACACCAAAGGUCCAGCCUGGUGUCAGUGGUCCUUUACAUUUCAAUUUCAGCUCCUCGAUGUGCUACGUGGUUUGGAUGAACAUUUGUCUGCUAAAAUCCUCCGCCAUGCCACUAACCACCAGUGACUGGUGUUUUCAGGGCUGACUGACAGAUGUCUGCUCGUGUUUGUCGGCGAGCUCUGGUCUCUCACAUGCAGCUCCGGGCUCUCAGACGGUCGGUUGGCAGGUCAGGACAGAAAUGACUUGGGCAUCAACAAAUGACAGGCAGACAAAGGCGAGAUUCUGUAUCCGGCUUCUAGACGUCUGGUAGCUCGUAUUCCGUGCGCAGGGUGUUG